AUGGGCAGAGAAGAGACCGACGGUGUGCUUGUGCGCGACUUCAUCCACACCAGCCUCUACCACCCCACGGACGGAUAUUUCACCUCCAACGCUGCUGCUGUCGGCGCCCUCUCGCAUCCAAUCAGCUUCCGCCAGCUGGCAGGGCGGCGGGAGUGGGUGGCACUGCAGCAGUCGCUCUACGCCUCUGCUGACACCUCCUGGUUCACUCCCUCGGAGCUGUUUCAGCCAUGGUACGGCUAUGCCGUGGCCGACUUUAUUCUCUCCGCCCACCCGCCCACCAAGCCCCUCAAGAUCUAUGAGGUGGGAGGGGGCGGCGGCACGCUGGCUCGCAAUAUUCUGGACCGCCUGCGGGAGAAGGCUCCUGCUGUGUACCGGCACUGUCAAUACACAUCUGUGGAGAUCAGCCCUGCUCUCGCCCAGAGGCAAAGAGAGAGGAUCACAGGCCAUACGAAUGCCCUGCCUGUCACUGUUCCACCUGCCACUCCUGCUUCUGAUGCCACACCUGCUCCAGCUACUUCAGCUGUUUCACCUGCCACACCCGCCACACCUGCCACACCUGCCACACCUGCUUCAGCUUCUACGCCUGCUUUGGCUGCCACAGUCACCCCAGGUUCACCUUCUGGCGCACAAGCUUCAGCCGCUUUAAGUGUCCGCAGAGCACGGCGAGUGGCCAAGGCCGCACACGGCGGCUCUGCCUCUCGUGCUGUUUCAAACGGCGAUUCUCGUUCGUCGCAUGAGUUGGUGCACUCCGUGGCGGUGUUUGACGCGGCUGAUGUGCGCGGCUGGGGGUCGGUGCAUUCCGUGGCGGUGUUUGAUGCGGCUGAUGUGCGCGGCUGGGGUGAGUGUGGGUGCGUGUUUGUUUAUUUUGGAGGAAGUGAAGGGGAGGAGGGGGGUGCGCAUCGGGGGAGUGAGGGAGGGUGGGUGAGGUGCACCAUCCAACGAGCCAUGCUUCAUUCUCUUAUUCGAGGUGUUGGACAAUCUACCGCACAACAGCGUGCAGCGGAGCAGGGAGCGGGGCGAGUGAGGAAGCAGCUCUUUUGUUUCCUCUUCUCCCCCAUCCGCCUCUCAUUCACGUUCCAUCCGUCUCCCAUCCGCCGUUCCCCCUCCCUCUCCUCGGCCUCAGGUGCUGGGCAAUUUGCCACACGACAGAGUGCAGUGGAGCAGAGAGAGCAGCGAGUGGAUGGAGACCCGCGUGAAGCAUGGAGGGCAACGGGAGGGCGAGGCAGGCAAGGGGCAUCAGGGAGAGGUGGAGAGGGAGAGAGCAGGGAAGGGGCAUCAGGGAGAGGUGGAGAGGGAGAGAGCAGGGAAGGGGCAUCAGGGAGAGGUGGAGAGGGAGAGAGCAGGGAAGGGGCAUCAGGUAGAGGUGGAGAGGGAGAGAGCAGGGAAGGGGCAUCAGGGAGAGGUGGAGAGGGAGAGAGCAGGGAAGGGGCAUGGUGGAGAGGUGGAGGAGGCAGGGAGGAGGCAUCAAUGUGGGGAUGA